AUGAAUAUCAAUAAUUUUGCUGAUCCUGUUUCUGAUACAAAAGUUGGAGGCAAUUAUAGUAUAUAUGAUAGUUUGGAUUCUUGUAAUAAUUAUUUAUGUCAAUUACGAGGAUAUUUUAUUCAUGUUUUUAUAUGUUCAUUUUAUUAUUCAUAUGUACUUCAAGCUAUAUUUCGAUUAUUUCGUAUAUUAAUAUCUUUUCUUUAUAUUUUAAUUCAUCUUCUUAAAAAUAAUUUUGAAUAUUCUUUACUUGCACAUAGUUGUUGGAUUUCUUUUAAAAAUAUUUAUGAACUUUUACAUGCUUUAUUAAUUAUGUAUAUUUGUCCUAUAUUAAUUGUAUGUUUAAUAUAUAUUUAUAUCAUUCGAUAUACUCAUCAAACACUUCAUAUUCAACAACAACGACAAAUUCGUAAUAAACGAGAUUUAAUUAUUCUUAAACGUAUGAUUAUUCUUAUACUUAUUGCAAUGGGUAUUGGUAUUGUUACAUUAUUUACAUGGAUUAAUUAUAUUAUAACGAAUUAUUUAAUUCCAAUAGCUUAUCAUUUACAAGGUUUAAGUAUAUCAAGUGGAUUUCUUAUGGGAUCUAUUGGUUUUGCAUUUAUUACACCACAAAUAUAUGAUAUAUUAAGAAUAAAACAACGACAAAUAAAUCCUAUAAUUAUGAUUGAAGUUAUACAUUGA